CUCUCUCAUCAAAGAUAAUAACGACUCAUGACUAAAAUCCAUAAAUUCUAGUGGGCUCCUUUCCCUCUUCUUUUUCAAAAUAUGUGCAUAUGAGAGAGAGAGAGAGAGAGAGAACAAGUUCACAUCCAUAGCCACAUUAUCCUUUGAUAUAUAUAUAUAUAUACACACAUACAAAAGCAAACUUUGCAAAUAUUCCUAACCACAUUGUUACAUUAUUAGAAUCAAGAAAUCAAGACUAGGCAACGAUGAGUUGUACGAAGAGCUGCGACGAAUACCACAACGACAUUAUCGAGUGGUUCGAAGAUGUGGCCGGUCGAGCGGGGGAUGUCCAAACGGAGACGCUUCAUAGGAUUCUCGAACUAAACUGUGGAGUGGAGUACCUCAAGAAAUUUUUCGGAGACAUUAAUUAUGUAAAAGAAGUCGAUAAAAUUGCGUUGGAAUCCCUUUACACUUCUUUGGUUCCACUUUCAUCCCAUGCAGAUUUCGAGCCUUACCUUCAACGAAUCGCCGAUGGAGAAACCGACCCCCUCAUCACUCAAGAACCUAUUACUACUCUCUCAUUAAGUUCUGGUACAACUGAGGGAAGACAGAAGUAUGUACCCUUUACUCACCAUAGCUCAAACACCACUCUUCAGAUUUUCAAACUUGCAGCAGCUUAUAGAUCAAGGGUAUAUCCAACAAGGGAAGGUGGGAGAAUCCUCGAAUUCAUAUACAGCAGCAAACGUUUCGAGACGAAGGGAGGAGUAACCGUGGGGACCGCCACGACGCACGUGUACGCGAGCGACGAGUUCAAAAUCAAGCAACAACAAACGAAGUCGUUCACUUGUAGCCCGAAAGAAGUUAUCUCUAGUGGAGACUACACACAAUCCACAUACUGCCACCUCCUCCUAGGUUUACAUUUCUCCGACGAAAUCGAAUACAUAACCUCGACUUUCGCGUACAGCCUCGUACAAGCUUUUAGAACCUUCCAAGAAAUUUGGAGGGAGAUUUGCAAUGACCUAAGAGAAGGCACACUUAGCUCAAGAAUCACUAUCCAAGAUGUAAGAAAAUCGGUUCUUGAUAUCGUCGCUUGUCGUCCGAAUCCGAGUUUGGCUUCGAGGGUCGAAAAGAAAUGUAACGAACUUGAAGGGAACGAUUGGGCCGGAUUAAUUUCCGAGAUUUGGCCGAACGCAAAGUAUGUGAACUCGAUUAUGACUGGUUCGAUGCAGCCGUAUUUGAGUAAGCUUAGGCACUAUGCUGGGGGGGGAUUGCCCCUCGUGAGUGGCGACUAUGGGUCCACCGAGAGCUGGAUCGGAGUUAAUAUCGACCCUUUUUUACCGCCGGAAAAAGUUACUUUCGCGGUUAUUCCGACUUUUUCGUACUUCGAAUUUAUACCGCUCCGUAGAAGGAAUAACAAUUAUCAAGAAUGUGGCAGCAAAUUGUGUUCGGGUGGUGAUGACUUUAUCGAAGACGAUCCAGUCCCGUUGUCACGUGUGAAGAUUGGACAGGAAUACGAGAUUGUUCUCACCACUUUCACAGGGUUAUAUAGAUACAGACUCGGCGAUGUGGUUGAGGUGGCGGGUUUCUACGGAAACACGCCGAAACUCAACUACAUUUGUAGGCGGAACCUAAUCUUAACCGUAAACAUAGACAAGAACACCGAAAGGGACCUCCAAUUAGUCGUCGAAAGGGGCUCGCAGAUUCUGAGAAAAUCCGCCUCAAGAGCUGAAAUAGUCGAUUUCACUAGCCAUGCUGACGUGGCAAACCAACCAGGCCACUACGUAAUUUACUGGGAAAUCGAGGGCGAGGCCGUCGAAGAAGGGGUUUUGAGGGAUUGCUGCAGAGAGAUGGAUGCUUCAUUUGUUGACCAUGGGUAUGUUGUGUCAAGAAAGACUAAUUCAAUUGGACCAUUGGAACUUAGAAUUGUGGAGAGAGGAACAUUUAAAAAGAUUUUGGAGUAUUUCAUAUCGAAUGGUGCAGCUUUGAGCCAGUUCAAAACUCCUAGGUGUACUACAAACCCUGUUCUUUUGAGGAUUCUGAAUGAUUGUACUGUAUGCAAGUUUUAUAGUACCUCGUAUGGGUCCUAGGUUUUGGACAUGCAUUAAUAAAUUUGACGAAAAUGCCCCCAUGCACCUUGGUUUAGUUAGGUGUAAAUUGUAAUGAUUUUUUCUCAAUUAUUGGACUAAUUUGCCAAAUUUUA